CUCUCUCUCUCUCUCUCUCUCUCUCUCUCAUUUCCUUGUUUGGUCGCAAAGAAAUAUCAGGAAAGCAAAGAAGCCAACUCAAUUUUCAAUGAUCAAUAUCCAAUAUAUUUGUGUCUAUUUCUUUGUUUACUUGGCGUCCAAUUUAUUUCUUUGAUUUUUUUUCCCUCUUCACUUUGUUUGGUUCCGUAGAUGAAGGACGAAAAUAAAUAAAUAAAAAAUGGAACUUUUGAUCUUUCAGGGAAAUAAAUUGCUUCAAUUUUGUACUGGUGGAACCUUCGUUUUCUCUUCUUUUCACCCGAUUUCUCAGGAUUAAAACAGUGGACCGUUUAGGUUGGAAGUUGAACUUUCGAGCGCCAACAAAGUAUGUCGAACAUAACGGUUUGUGCUCGCUUCAGGCCCUUAAGCUCAAAGGAGAGAAGAGAUGAUGGCGACAGAAUCUGUAUUCAACGCAUAGACACUGAAACUUUCAUUUUCAAGGAUGAGAAGGAGGAAGAUUUCACUUUCAGCUUUGAUAGGGUAUUCUAUGAGGAAUCUAAUCAAGCCGAGGUCUAUGAAUUUCUCGCCCUGCCUAUCGUUCGAGAUGCUGUUAAUGCAAUUAACGGGACAAUUAUUACUUACGGACAGACUGGAGCUGGAAAGACUUAUAGUAUGGAGGGGCCAAGUGUUCUGGAAGUUGAUGAGAAGAAGAAAGGGUUACUUCCAAGAGUGGUAGAUGGAAUUUUCGAGCAUAUUAAAUCUUUUGAUGAAAUGACGAAGUAUUCAAUCAAGUUGUCAAUGGUAGAGAUCUACAUGGAAAAAGUAAGGGACCUUUUUGAUUUAUCCAAGGACAUUAUACAGAUUAAGGAGAGCAAAGUACAGGGGAUAUUGUUGUCCGGCGCAACAGAGAUAUCUGUAUCGGACGCUUCUCAAGCAUUACAGAGCCUGUCAACAGGGAUAGCUAACAGAGCAGUUGGAGAGACCCAAAUGAACUUUGCCAGCAGUAGAAGUCACUCAGUGUACAUGUUUACCAUCCAGAAAGAAUCCCUUGGAGAUAAGAGGAUGAAAGCUGGAAAACUAGUCCUCGUAGACUUGGCAGGAUCGGAGAAAGUGGAGAAAACUGGAGCUGAAGGGAGAGUUCUUGAAGAAGCUAAAAUGAUCAACAAGUCCCUAUCCGCUCUUGGGAAUGUGAUAAAUGCUUUGACAUGUGGCUCGGGCAGAGCAAACCACAUCCCAUAUCGCGAUUCCAAGCUUACUCGGAUUCUACAAGAUGCACUUGGUGGGAACUCCAGAACUGCCAUAUUAUGUUGUUGCUCACCGAGCCCUUCAAAUGCAUCGGAGAGCCUAUCCACCCUACGUUUUGGUGGGAGGGCAAAGCAUAUCAAGUCAUCACCACGUGUUAGCUGCAAUGAGGAUAAAUGUGCCAAGAAGCACGAAACUCUUUUCGAGAAUAAAGAUGAGUCGAGCGAUAGAAUUCUAAACAAGUUGAGGGAGAGAUUGGAUAUUGAAGAUGUAAAAUUACUCGAAGAGUUGUUCAUACUGGAGGGAAUUCUCUUUGAUCCGUAUUCGGUUGAAGAGCUGGAAUCAGACUAUGAAGAUGUUACUUCGCGGACAAUUUCCUCGUUACAACACCACGUGGAAGAACUUGUAUCUAGUGUGAAAGAGCUUAAGAGGGAGAACAGAGCUCUCAAAGCCAGAAUGGCAGCCGCUGAAAAGCAUGAUACGCUGCACAAAGAAGAUGCCAUAAUUUCAAAUGUUCUGCGCAAGAUUUCAGGCAUCUUCAGUUUCUUCUUCUUCUGGGGUUCACUGUCUUCUGUAGAGGUCCCGAAGUGAAGACUUCAUUGCCAUUCCAUGGGGGUUGUAUUACAAACAGUAGGUAUACGCCAUACAAGUAAAGGAAGUACAUAUAGCAUAAUUCAUGCACUUGUGAUAUCCACAUGACCGGAUGACUUCCAUAAUCUGAAUUUUAUUUCUUCAUUCCCUUAAAAGUCCGGACUCCGGAAAACAAGGCAGUACAGAAACAAAACAAUACUAAAACUGAAAAAACACAGGUAUUAUGUAAAAAUGUACGUGCUUAAUGAUAAUAAGUAUGAUUUAGCAGCU